AUGAAGGCCGAAGCCCGUCUUGCAGCGCGCCGACAAGCACGCGCCGAAGCCCGUGAAAUACGUAUGAGAGAGCUGGAGCGUCAGCAAAAGGAACAGGAACUCAACGCUGACCGAGUAUUUGAUUUACAAAACAUAAGCGGAGGAAAUAUUGUCAUAGAUACCCAUUCGACUAAUUCUCCACGGCUCAUAUAUGGUGGUCUACUUAAUGCCAACCGUACUUCAGCAUCUCGUCGUAGCAGUGAAGACUUUGGAAGAAGUUUUCGCGACUUUAAAAUCGAGCUUAAAGACGUUGAAGAGCGCUUUAGAAAAGCCAUGAUAACAAAUGCGCAGUUAGAAAAUGACCGUGCAUCACAAGCCUUUGAGGUUAAGCUACUGAAGGACAAAUGCGAAAUAAUACAAGAGUCUUAUGUACAAUUGCAACGUGAAUUCAAAGAGAAGUUACGGGACUGUAAUAUGAUUAAACGAAAUUUGGACCGUGCAACUAUAGAGCUUAACUUGGUCCAAGGGCAGUUAAAUGAACGUGAUCUAUUAAUAUCGGAACAAGGUCUUAUUAUUGUAGCAAUUGAAAUUUCUGAUGGCAGCGACGCCAAACGAGCUCUUGUCAGUAUUGAAAACGCCAAUGUGUUAGCGUCUGUUCAAGGUUCUUUAGAUGAAAGACUUAAAAAAUUUAGUACUGAAAAACAGCAACUACUGUCUGAGGUGCACAUGCUUCACCAACAACUUGACCAACAUAAAAGCGGCGUUAUGGUUAGAACAGGCUUUACCCAUGGUGUUGAAGAAAAUUAUGAGACCCAAAGUAAGUUCAUAGGUAUAUUCAAAUUGACAAAUACAUCUGCGAAAAAAAAAAUGUUAACAGAAUAUACUUAAAUGGUCACCGUUCUC